AAAGUCAUGGUCCCUUUUUAAAACCCAUCCAUAUAUACUGGAAGUCUGGUGCCGCACACAGGCGCUUGUUUAAUUCCAAUAAUACUUUAUCAACCGCCAAUAAAAUUACGUUUUGCGUCAUUCGACUGGUUAUGGUUCCUGGUUCCAACUAGCCUCUAUUAGGUGUCAGAGACUCGCCACACUUGAAGUAUAAACUUCAGCUAUCAAAGCCACGAGCGGCUGGGAUCAGAGCCAAGCUCGAACUUAUAUAACAUAGAAAUCAUGGCGUCUUUGGGUUGGUCUUAUAGAGAUACGCCGUACAAUCCAUACUGGGGCCCAACAAGCUCCAAGGCAAAUUUCUGCGAGGAGGACUAUAUCGUGACACGAUAUAUCGCAGAGCUCAUCAACACCCUCACAAACCUCACGUAUAUUUUAUACGCCAUUCAUGGGAUCUAUAAGAACUGGGGCCGUAAGGAUGCCUUCCUCAGGAACAUCCCAUAUCUCGGCAUCAUGGGCGUCGGUUUCGGCAGCGCGGUCUUCCACGCCACCAACAUAUAUUACACGCAAUGGGCGGAUGACCUAUCAAUGCUGCUCGCUACGGCGACGGUCAUGCAUCGCGUCUACACGUAUGAUGACACGCCACUGCACGCAGUUCUCAAAGGCCUCGGCCUCGCUGCCUUCCUAACCGUCUUUUCCGUGUGGCACUGCCUGUCCGACGAAAUAGUUGGGCACUCCAUCCUGUUUGGCGUGAUGGUUGUCCUUGUGGGGACAAAGACGCGCUCGAUCAUCAGCCACCGCGUCGAAGACCCAGCUGUGAAGAAGGAGGUGCGCAAGCUCGUUCGAUGGGGCUCAGUGAUUUUUAUCUCCGGAUAUGUCAUUUGGAAUAUCGAUAAUAUCACCUGCUCCUGGCUCACGCAGGCGAAACGAACAAUCGGCAUGCCACUUUCGUUCCUUCUUGAAUUGCAUGGCUGGUGGCAUAUUUUUACCGGCAUUGGAGCGUAUAUCUUCAUCGCCCUCGUCGAGUACCUAACAUCAGAAGAAGCAGGCGAACCUCUUGCGGGUCGUUUCGCCUGGCCUAUCGAUUUGUUCCUGAGGAGACCUCGGUCUACGCCGAAUAUUAUCAGGACUGGUUAUGGAACAUUGAGCGCGGCUCCCGAGAGCAUUGACUAAUGACGCCUAUGGGCCUCCAAAUGCGGGUCAGAUAGACCGGGGAUGAUAUCGCAAAAAGCGAAAUAAUAAAGAAACGGGAAUAGAUUGAAGUGGGAUAAAAUUGUAAUGACGAGGUAUAGAAGAGUGGGGGUAGAUGGUAUGAUACCCGCAGCGCAUACGACUGGAUGAAGAAUGGGUUUUUAGAAUGGAGUUGAAAAAAUGCAAGAAAGAAAUAUAUUUUUUAUGGUGCGUCUCGGGCGGUUAAUAAAUUAAUGGCUUUAUAU